AUGGGAUCUCUGUUUCCUGGUCUUCCAGAUGAAGUUGGGUGGGAAUGCCUUUUGAGGGUGGAGUUGAACUCUCAUCACAACCUCAGGGGUGUCUGUAAAAGAUGGAACGACGUAUUGAAAAACCCCCACUUUUAUCAAGAAAGAAAAAGAUUGAAGAUUUCCGAACAACGGAUUUGUAUGGUGGUCCAGGACACAGAGGGCAUUCGCGACAGAGUAGCGGUAUACGACCUGGAGAAGAACUCGUGCAAAUGUCUACCGCGCAUUCCUGCACAAAUUAAGGGUAUGUGUCACUGCUAUUUCUUGAAACAAAAACUGGUUUUGAUCACGGAUUCGAUUAAAGGCUCUGAAAGAAGUUGUGUGUGGUUGUACGAUUUUGCUUGUUCGAAAUGGCGACAAGGUGCCCAAAUGCCAAGAAGGCUGUAUAGUUUUGCCUCCGCUGCGGAUGAGCAUAGGGGACUGAUUUAUGUUGGUGGAGGGUAUGAAAGGGGUCACCGCCACCAUAGGGCUACAGUUUACAAUGUGGAGGAGGACAAUUGGGAUUUUCUACCCUACAAGAAGACCUCCGGCUCUAUUGGCGCUUUUGCUAAUGGCAAGUUUUAUGUAAUGGGAUCAUCUGGCAUCUUUAAGGUUUUUAAUUCUUACAUGAGAAGCUGGACAGCUCUGGAGAAUAGAGUCAACCGUAGCCAUCACUGUUUCGUAAGUGCAUUUGGGCGCUUUUAUGGCUUGAGUGUUAAUGGAUUGUUUGAAUAUGACUUUAGCCCAGAUAAGCUGAACGUUGUAGGGACUUUUUCAAUGAAGAAUAUGGGCUGGUUCAUUCACUUUGCUGUAGUGUUUAGCAAUAAACUCUUUGUGCGCAAAUUGGAUUCCAAGCUUAACCAAGGUUUUUAUAUGCUUGAACCUCCAAGUGAGACAGGAGGAACAUUUAAGUUGAUUGAAGUUGAGAGACCAUUGGACCUCCAGGGUUCUGCUGUGUGUGCUACUACUCUCGAUCUUUGA